AUGAAGUGGUUGAUUGUGUUGAGUGUUUUUGUGGCCAGUACUAUGGCUCAAGAUUGGGAGAUCCUGCCAAGGUGUGAAGGCAAGGACUGGCAGUACUUCCCAGAUCCCGGAAGUGACUGCCGUAGUUAUUUCCGCUGUGAAAAUGGGCAUCCUGUGAGACACUAUUGCGACCAGGGUCUGCUCUUUGACACCAAUACUAUGUCCUGCAACUGGGAACAGUCUGUGAAUUGCCCACCUGCCCACCAUCCUGAUCCUCCCUUCCCUGAGCCACCAAUUCAGCAUCCUCCUCAACAUCCACCACCUCAGAAUGCUCCAUCUCCGGCUGGUACUUGCCCACCGCACGAGGAUCCACAGUUCCCCACUCACUUGGCAGACAACAAUGACUGCACCAAGUUCUUCAAGUGCCUCAACGGACUUCCCAUUCCUCAAAAUUGCCCAGCGGGAACACACUGGAAUGAUACCAAGAAGUUCUGCGACUACCCAGGAAAUGCCCAGUGCUGGAAGCGCAUCAGGUUCAUCCGUUGA